CGUUGAUUGACAAUCCGGUAAAACCAAAGAAACGGAGCCCACAAAGGUGAACGCGAGUUCUUCCGGGUGGCAGCGGCUUUAAGUUGCGCGUCCCUGCAUUGAAAGGUCGCUCAUUGAUGCUCUGUCUCGACUCGGAGGAGGGUGGUUUCAACUGUACAGCUCCUCCUUGUGUCUCCGAUGGCGAGUCUCCUGCGCGUGGUAGCCAGCAGCUGUUCUGUCCCCCUGUUCUCCGGGGUGGCGAUUGCUAAACUACCGAACAUCCGGACGGUGAAGACGCCAUGUCUGCGGUUCUUUAGGACCCAUCAAGCUCUCACUCGCCUUGCCAGUCCAGGAAUUCCAUACAAACAGCUGACAGUCGGCGUUCCCAAGGAAAUCUUUCAGAAUGAACGUCGAGUUGCCCUGUCUCCCGCUGGAGUGGAAGCUCUCAUCAAACAGGGCUUCAAUGUGGUGGUGGAGACAGGCGCUGGAGAAACCGCCAAGUUCUCCGAUGACAUGUACACAAAAGCCGGAGCCACCAUCAAGGACGUCAAAGAUGUCUUUGCAUCUGAUGUUCUGGUUAAGGUGCGAGCCCCCAUGUUAAACUCGGCUUCAGGAGUCCACGAGGCUGAUCUCAUGAGCGACGGAGCAACUCUUGUCAGCUUCAUCUAUCCCGCUCAGAACCCGGAACUGAUGGACCUGCUCUCCCGACGCAAAACCACCGUCUUGGCCAUGGACCAGGUGCCUCGUGUCACGAUCGCUCAGGGUUUCGACGCCCUCAGCUCCAUGGCAAAUAUUGCUGGCUACAAAGCCGUGGUUUUGGCGGCCAACAAUUUUGGCCGCUUUUUCACCGGUCAGAUCACAGCCGCUGGGAAAGUUCCCCCUGCUAAGGUGUUGAUCAUUGGAGGUGGAGUGGCUGGGUUGGCCGCCGCUGGAAGUGCUCGUGCUAUGGGUGCCAUUGUCAGGGGGUUUGACACCAGAGCGGCAGCAUUGGAGCAGUUUAAGUCCCUGGGCGCUGAGCCCCUGGAGGUGACCCUCAAGGAGUCUGGGGAUGGUCAGGGUGGCUAUGCUAAGGAGAUGUCGAAGGAGUUCAUUGAAGAGGAGAUGAAGUUGUUUGGCAGACAGUGUUUAGAUGUUGACAUCAUAAUCAGCACUGCGCUUAUUCCCGGUCGGAAGGCCCCUGUGCUGAUUACUAAGGAAAUGGUGGAGACCAUGAAGGACGGUUCAGUGGUGGUGGACCUGGCAGCAGAAGCUGGGGGCAACAUCGAGACCACAGUUCCUGGAGAACUCUCAGUUCACAAAGGUGUUAUUCACGUCGGCUAUACUGAUCUUCCCAGUCGUCUUCCAACUCAGUCCAGCACAUUGUACUCCAACAACAUCACCAAACUCAUCCGUGCCAUCAGCCCAGACAAGGAAACCUUUACCUUUGAUGUCAAAGAGAAUAUAGACUAUGGCACAAUGGACCAUGUUAUUCGCGGUUCAAUAGUUAUGCAGGACGGGAAAGUGCUCUUCCCUCCACCACAGCCCAAUAACAUCCCCGUGGCCGCACCGCCAAAACCGAAGUCCAUCCAAGAGCUGCAGAAAGAAAGUGCUGCUGCCAUCUCGCCCUUCAGAGCCACUCUCACCACGGCUGGAGCUUACACCGGAGGUCUGGGCACCAUGAUCGGUCUUGGCCUGUGUGCUCCCAACGCUGCUUUCACUCAGAUUGUUACAACCUUUGGCCUGGCAGGAAUUGUGGGAUACCACACAGUGUGGGGCGUCAGUCCUGCUCUUCACUCGCCACUUAUGUCUGUCACAAAUGCCAUUUCAGGCUUGACUGCUGUUGGUGGCCUUUCCCUCAUGGGUGGCGGAUACCUCCCCGGCAACACGGCCGAGACCCUGGCCGUACUCGCUGCUUUCAUCUCCUCUGUCAACAUCGCUGGUGGUUUUUUGGUCACUAAGAAGAUGUUGGACAUGUUCAAGCGCUCCACUGAUCCUCCAGAGUACAACUACUUGUAUCUUCUGCCUGCUGGUCUGUUUGUUGGAGGUUAUGGGGUGGCUCUUCAGGGCGGGUAUAACAUAGAGCAGAUGAUGUACUUGGGAUCUGGGUUGUGCUGUGUGGGAGCUCUGGGGGGUCUUUCCAAACAGUCCACUUCCCGUCUUGGUAACGCACUGGGCAUGAUCGGAGUGGCUGGUGGCAUCGCUGCCACAUUUGGAGUGUUAAAACCUUCUCCGGAGCUCAUGGCACAGAUGACUGGUGCCAUGGCGGUGGGUGGCACUGCUGGUUUGGUCAUCGCCAAGAAGAUCCAGAUCUCUGACCUCCCGCAGCUUGUUGCCGCUUUCCACAGUCUGGUGGGUCUGGCGGCCGUGCUCACCUGCGUGGCUGAAUAUAUGGUGGAGUACCCACACUUCGCAACUGACCCAGCAGCCAACUUCACCAAGAUCGUGGCCUAUCUUGGUACCUACAUUGGAGGAGUCACCUUCAGCGGUUCUCUGGUGGCUUAUGGCAAACUUCAAGGUCUCCUGAACUCCUCUCCCCUUAUGCUUCCCGGGCGUCAUGCGAUGAACGCAACCCUCAUGGCUGCCUGCGUGGGCGGUAUGAUCCCCUACAUGCUGGAUCCCAGCUACACCACAGGCUUGACCUGCCUGGGCUCUGUGUCUGCACUGUCUGCUGUCAUGGGCGUGACCCUGACGGCCGCCAUCGGAGGUGCCGACAUGCCUGUCGUGAUCACGGUGCUUAACAGUUAUUCCGGCUGGGCCCUUUGCGCCGAGGGCUUCCUUCUCAACAACAACCUGCUUACCAUAGUGGGUGCCCUCAUUGGUUCCUCUGGAGCGAUCCUCUCUUACAUCAUGUGUGUGGCCAUGAACCGCUCCCUGGCGAAUGUCAUCCUCGGAGGCUAUGGCACCUCAUCCACUGGCACGGGCAAACCCAUGGAGAUCAUCGGUACCCACACGGAGGUCAAUGUGGAGCAGACUGUCGAAAUGAUCAAGGAUGCUCAAAAUAUCAUCAUUGUUCCAGGUUAUGGCCUGUGUGCAGCCAAAGCUCAAUAUCCGAUCGCUGAUCUUGUCAAGUCGCUGACCGAGCAGGGCAAGUCAAUCAGGUUUGGAAUCCAUCCUGUGGCUGGCCGUAUGCCCGGCCAACUCAAUGUACUGCUGGCAGAAGCCGGUGUGCCGUAUGAUGUCGUGCUGGAGAUGGAUGAGAUCAAUCACGACUUCCCUGAUACUGACCUUGUGUUGGUCAUUGGAGCCAAUGAUACAGUGAACUCUGCAGCCCAGGAAGACCCCAACUCUAUCAUUGCAGGCAUGCCUGUUUUGGAGGUCUGGAAGUCUAAGCAGAUCAUUGUGAUGAAGAGAUCUCUCGGAGUUGGUUACGCCGCAGUUGACAACCCGAUCUUCUACAAACCGAACACAUGUAUGCUUUUGGGAGAUGCCAAGAAGACGUGCGACGCACUUGCUUCCAAAGUCCGCGAGGGUUAGAGAGUAAAGAUCUGACCUCGCUUUGCACCAGAUGAAGCACAGAAGAUCGCUCCUUUUGAAACAAAUCCAGUAAACCCCUAGACGGAAAUUAGUAUUAAUAGGAUCCUGAUAAAGCACUCUAUCCCUGUAUUUUGAUCAAGGGUAUUUAGUUGUAGAUGGUAGGCAGUUUAUUCAGUAUUUUCAGAUCUUGUUUUGUUUGUGGUCCAGAUGUUCAUUGUCUUUUUUUGGUAGUUUUUUCCCCAUUAAAAUUAAGCAAAAAGAAAAUAGCAUUAAAGUAUCAUACUAAAGUCAAAGAUGACCUGUUGCAAUCUGGUUUUGUAUGUAUUUUAGGUCAAUUUUUAUAUAUACUGUACAACAACAAUCUGUUUCUAGAGGUUGGAUUUUUGUAGAUUCGCAAGUUAGCUUAAAUGUGAGUUCUUUGUUUGAGCGCCACGUAACUCCAUACGGUAUGCUUUAUUUAAAUCACUUUGUCAUUCUUGUGAACUUAACAUGUGCAUUAAAGUGAUAACUCACCUAAAAAUGAAAAUACUGUCAUCAUUUACUCAUCUUGGAGCUGUUACAAAUGUGUUUGCAUUUCUUUCUGAUGAACACAGAGAAGGAUAUUUAAGAGAAUGCUUAUAUCCAAACCAAUCUCAACACCCAUUGACUACCAUAGUAGGAAAAAUUAAUUGAAGACAUUAUGAAGUAUGUAGGACAGCAACCGUUCUGGAACACUUGACUACCAUUGUUUUUUUUCCUACUAUGGUUGUCAAUGGGUGUUGAUAUUCUUCCAAAUAUCUUUCUCUGUGUUCAUCAGAACAAAGAAAUGUACACAGAUUUGGAACAACUCGAAGGUAGUAAUUAAAUGAUGAUAGAAUUUACAUUUUUGGUGAAGUAUCCCUUUAAAUGAUCAACCGUUGGUGAUAUGGCAACGUUGCAAGUGGUAUGAAACUUAAGGAAGAAGGAAUUGAUGCAAUAUUGUUUUCCAACACCGUAAGUUUCUUGCACUUGAAAUCUCAAAGCUUUGGACGUUUGCUGCUGAUGAUUUUGUAUGAAGUACGAUCCUACUUAUUUCCAAAAAAAACGAUUUUUGUACAGAAGGAACACAAACCUUUGUAUUUCCACCAUAAGAGAUGGUGUUUUCCCCAGUCUAUUCAAAAUGAAGUGAAUGUCAUAAAGUUAGUAUGAAUAGCAACAUCUGCCCUACUGUACUCCCAGAUUCAUUCACGGUUGUAAUCCUCUGUGUUAUUUGACCGGAGUUAUAUAAGAUUUAUCUUACUGUACCGCCGGGACCUAAUGGGUCACAUUCUGAGAUUUAAGACCAUUACAACAACCCUACCUCUCCACAGUUUCAACUCGACCAAACAUCCCUCUGACUUUCCUCCAGGGACUUGUUUUUCACACUCCUUUUCUAAUGUUCACCACGGUACGUGGCUGCAUUGGAUCUCAAUGUCGAUUUUGUGGAAGUAGGAGACAUUUUUGGCCCACUGUUCGUCACUUAAAAUAAGCGCCAAACAUAAAUGCUGAAUUUGUGAUUUUAAUAUGUGCAAAGGAAGAAAAUUGUAAGGGAAUUAAAUUGCUGCAAGGGAAUGGAAAUGUUUGCUAAACAAUGUUUGGAUGAAAAUGAAGUUUUGCAUUCCCUCCCAAUCUUUCAGGAUUUUUUUGUAUAGACGGGUUCGACUGUUUUGCCGCAAUACACGGGAGGGAAGAGGGAGAGUCUCGAUGUUUUAUUGUGCCAUGGUGAAGAAAUGAAUUCAUGUCAUACUGUGAAGUGUUUUUUUUCCUCCACUGUAUCAUGGAACAUCCCUCUUAAUAAACAUCCUGAUAAGAGAGCA